AUCUACAUCGUGACUGCUUUCGAGACGAAUCUGAGUUUACGAAAGACUCAGCUCAAGACCAAAAAUUUUGAGCCGAAUCUUGUCCCGAAGAAGGAGAAUGACUGGGAUGAACUAGAGAAGCUCUUGGAGAACAUCGAUGAGAAAGUCGAUGAACCAGAAGAGGCUCCAGCAACUCCAGCACCACCAAAACUGGAGAAUCCAUGCAAGGAUCAAGUAUGUGGAUGGGGAAAGGAAUGUGUGGUUGGAAAAGGAGGUGAGCCCACCUGUGAAUGCAUCUCGAAGUGUCCACCGCUUGAUGAUGAUCCAUUUGAUCAGGUGUGCAGUAACACGAAUGAGACUUUCCCGUCUCUGUGCGAUCUGUACCGUGAGCGAUGCUUGUGCAAGCGAAAGUCGAAAGAGUGCACCAACAAGGCAAAUGCAAAAGUUCAUUUGGAAUACUUGGGCCCUUGUAAACAACUCGACACUUGUACUGAUGAACUCAUGGCGCAAUUCCCAACUCGUAUGGCUGACUGGCUAUUCCAGGUAAUGCGUGAGCUGAAGAAACGCCGUGAACUGCACAACAUGGAAUGGGAAGAGUUGAUCUCAGAGGCUGAAAGCGAUGACGAAAAGAAACACGUUUAUCCGGUAAUCUGGAAAUUCUGCGAUCUCGACAUUAAACCACACGAUAAGCACGUAUCGCAUCACGAACUGAUCCCGAUCACAGCACCCGUAAUCCCGAUGGAAUCUUGCAUAAAGCCAUUCCUGGAGAGUUGUGAUGCGAACAAUGAUGGCAAUAUCUCCAUCAUGGAAUGGGGCAAAUGCCUCGGCCUUAAAGAAGGUCAGCAAUUAGUUCAAUACUUUUCUCUUUCUUCUUUAAAACUGGCCAUUUGCUUUUGCUGUUCCAAUAUUAAAAAUCGGUAA